AUGCAGCAUCGAAUUCUCAACACUCAAUUGCCACCAACCGAAGACUGCAUCCCUGGAUUACCGCUUCCAGGAUGUGUAGCAGCAAGCAAUAUCUAUGUCUCACAUUAUCCACAUCCACCGAUUGUACGCGUCUUUCCGAACUUACCCAACAAAAUCGGCAUUUCUGUGCGAAAUUUGGAUAUCGGAAUAACAGCCAAUGUUAACGGCCACUUGAAAUUACUUCUACCGAUCCCGUUGUCAGGCAUCGCUGAAAUUCGCCUUUGUCAGGCCUCCCUCUUCACCGAACUAGCCGUCGAAGAGCGAUGUGAUCAUUUGGCGAUCAAAGUUGCUACGUGCAAGGCAAAAAUUCAAUCUGUAAAUUUGCAUCUGGACUGCGCCGGUACGAUUGGCAAAAUUUACAAUCGACUUCUCAGGAAAGUGGUCAACGAGUUUGUACGCCAGAUGAUUCAAAGGAGAGCGUGUUUGUAUCUGCAAGAUUUUCUCGAUGAAAACUUCAAUUACCCAUACGCUGUACCGAAUCCAAUGUCAAUGAUAGGAAUGGCGCAGUUGUUCGGUGGAGUUGAUGGAUUUUUCAACACAUUACACGUACGACCGACUGCUGUAUUGCCUACGUGUGCCCAAUCGAAGCGAUGUGCCAAAGCGGCGACUGAGCCAAUCCACAAACCGAAAUCACUGUUAUCCAUUCAACAACUGUCACCACUUGCCGCUAAUAGCAGUACUCCGUUAGGGUCAGCGAUUGAUGAACAACAUGCAAUUGAUCGGGCAGCUUUGAAAAACAACCUAAACGGAGUUCUUAGUGUCCAGUCAAAUUCGACUCAAACAGAAUUACCAACUGACCUAAUCAUCGAUCGAGUGAACGCGUCAGACACAGCAAAUGCUUCAGAGGAAUGGGAACAGUACCAGUUUGAUGAACAACAUUUCAACUCUCCGAUCAGUGAUAACGAACGUUUCAUCUCCAGUGUUGAGAACGUAACAAGCGAGAUGGCCAUCAAAACACUGAUUGAACUGCUUGAUCUCACGAACAGCACCUACGAAAGUACUCCUGAAAGCUACACCACUUUGGAGGAUAUAGAAGAAAUGUUGAGCAGUCAGGUGAAUGAUGAGAUGAAUCAAAAACUUUUACACAAACUAUCGGGAAUGACAGCAGCAGGUGAAACUUCUCAAGCACAUCAGAUACUUGCCUCUCUUCAACAGAUAGCUGAUGUUGUUGCAAGACGUUCUAAGCGAUCGUCGAAAGUCAAUUCAGUUGCUGAUAUUGGAAAGAUGAAGGCGAACAAAAUACCUCAGGAAGCCGCUAGAGCACCAUCAAUUGAGACAACUGCGGCAAUCAGUGAAACACUCGAGCAAGAUACUAAUUCAUCGUUGACUCAAACAUCCACUCAAACACCCACUAUCAGUUCACAACCAAUUCCCGAAACCUUCUACGUCCCUCUCAAGAAUUCCUCCUCUGAACACUCUGUAUUAUUAAAUGGUGAAUUAGGAACAAUCAACAAGACUCUGGUUGCUUCAACUAAUCGUAGUCGAGCUCAAGGUAGUUCGGCCAUAAAUUUCGCUUACGUGAAUGCUCUCGGCUCGAACGCUGGGAUUGUCCCCUUGCAAAAUGGACAGGCAUGUCCUGGAUGUGGUGUAUUAUCAAAUGGUCCAUUCGAGAUUAUGAAACGACUGAUCGCAACAAUGGACUUCGUGCGGUUAAGUGAUAUAUUCUUGUCGACGAGAGUUAUGGGAGCGUUUGCAACUUGCUACGAUUACACGAUUGGUCUGAAAGGAGAAUUCAGUAUGUGCAAUCUGGAUCAAACACCUUUCUAUGCUCCACCAAUCUUCUUCCCGAUAUGUCCGCAGUGCAUGUCACAGGCGUUGAUCUCAGAUUACACGAUCAAUACGCUACUCUUUCAUGCGCACAGGAUUGGCGCUAUAAACAUUCAUAUUGGGCCAGAUACACCCGAUAUUGGAGUAAUUAUGCGAACCACGUGCAAGGGUAUCGAUCCAUCGGGUGUUGCUGGUGGUGGAUGUCUUGGAAACUUCAUUCCGGUUGCAAGCAGAUUUCCGAACAAAGGACUCGCGAUCAGUAUUCGUACCAUCCAGCCACCUGCAAUACUCUUUGAUAAUGCGAGAUGCACACGAAUGCAUCGCACUUCCACAGUGCUUACCGCAAACUUGAGUAAUGAACCAAAUGCUAAAGCACAUACAGUGCUCUACAAUGAACUGAAUGCAUCUUUAUGCAAUGCAUUUUCAAUUGUGAAUAUGCUUUUUUUAGGAUGCGCAACAAUGGAGUUUGUUGCAAAUGCGGAUAUUUGCGUGACCACAACGAAUCGCUGUUUUGGUGGCUUACAAUUGGGCGCAGUCGAAAUACAGCUGCUGAUGGAUGUGUGCAUUGAUACGGUAGCAGGACAAAUCGUUGGUGCUGGAAGUGUGAGGAGGUUGAGUUUAGUCGAAAGACAGCCAACCCUGGCAUUGCAUCCUGGAACGUUGGAUCGAAUCGCGACGUUAGGUAGCGAACUGAUCACAAAGGUUGCUUUUUCGCACAACUCCAAUUAA